AUGUCAGUAGAUCAAACUAAAAAGGAUUACAAAUACUUAAAAUAAGAUGAAAAUUAAGAAUAUACUCUUUUAUAUAACAGCGUAGAUGAAGAAAGAGGACUUCUACAUUCUGUUAAUGAAUUAAUUUUGAUUUAAGCAAAAGAUAUAUCUCACCAAUCUUCUUGCGAUCAAUCUAUUUAAAUGAGUUCUUCUCACUUAGAUGGAGAAUUUAUUAAGAAGGAAAGUACUGAAUAAUAAAUUUUAGAAAAAAAUAAAUCUGAAUAAAAAGAAAAUUUAGAAUAAAGCAGAGGAGAAUAUGCUGAAUAAAUAUUAUAUAAAUAUACAAAUAAAAUAAUGGAUUUAUUUAAAUGGAACAGAGAGUAUUCUAGCUUAGGAUAGCUUUACUUUUAAAUAACCUUCGAUGGAUUAGCUCUUUAUUAUAUAAAUAAAUAAAUAAAACAAUACAAAUAACAAAUGAUAUUGUCUAAUGAGAAUUAAUAAAUAGUUAGAGAUUGCAUCUCUAAUCUCUCUAAUUUUCCAGAUUCUUACUUUUAUAAGGCAAAGCAAGAUUCUAAGGUAGUUGUAAGAGGUUAAAUAAAUGACCCUUUGGCAAUUAACUGCAUUAAUAAUAAAAUCUUAGAUAAAAGAUUCAAUGUUGAGUUAAGCUAAAUGUUUAAAAUAUCAAGCAAUAAAAAUUUAAAUGGUAGAGAAAUAAACUGUAAGUUAGACAAAAAUUUGUCAUACUAAAAUUCUUCGAAAUUAUCUCAUUCAGGAAGCAAGAUGAAUCUUUUUACAUCAUUUAACGCUGGAAUAGUUUCGCUAUUUACUGGAUAUGCCUUUAAAUCUGAAAUAAAAUUUGAUCAAUUCUAAGCAGGAAAAGACUUCUACUUUUUUGGCUAAAGACAAAUAAUGCCAGACAAUACAGCUCUUUUAAACAUUACUAACAUUUUCAAAGAAUUUGAUUUACAAAAAUUCAGAGUUGAAGAAGCAGCUUAUUUGAUAUCUAUUCUUGUGAGUUAUGGAGUUGGAUUAUACUUAGCUGUUAAAAUUGUCAAAAAUGUUGUAAGUUGGGUUAAAAAUAAAAAUAAAAACAAUAAAUGA